ACUAGCUAAAUAGCUUAGCUAGGUAUCUUAACUGAGAUAUCAACAUUCUGUUUAGUGUAAUUGUAAACGGUUUGGUACAUAAAAUUACAACAUUAAGUGUAGGGUAAUCGGGAAUUCAUUUUGUUGAUGGUUCUAGGUGCUCACAUGCAUGCACCCACACUUAAUAAGGAGGUCAUGUUGAAAUGCACGACUGCACAAGUAUUUCGAAAACACCGCCCUCAUUUAUCAAAUUUGUAUUUGUAUUUUACGAUUACAUGGUGCAAUUUGUUUGUUUGUUUUUCUUAUUUUCUUUUUGUCCUCUUCUACUUUCAAUUCUGGAUCCAAAUAAUCAUUACCAUCGAAGAAAAUCGAAAGCAACAAGGAAGAUGAAUUAUUCGAACACGUACAAUAUGGAUAUGGAUCAUGGGAUGAACGAGUGGACUCGACACAAUCUAGUCAUUAUAGACAUAUCCUUUUACCAAAAACCAGAAAAGCCGAUAUAUUCAACAUAACACAACCACGUGUCAAUCUCUAAUCUAUCCAGACAGUUUUGUUUACGUGUAAAACACUCCCUUCCAUUCAGAUAUACAAGACGCCAAAUCUCCAACUACUAGCUCCAAAUCUCUCCACGUGUCAUCACCAAAACUCCCCCCACCGCACUUCUUCUUAAACCCUCUCCCCACUGAGCUGAACUCGCAUGGAGAAAAAGAAUCUCUGGGCUAACACAAAACAAAACAAAAAAAAUGGUGGAAAACAAAGAAAUGAAUCAAGAACACAAAUUCAAGCUAGUUGGGUACAAGAAUUUCAUAAGACAAAACCCAAAAUCAGACAAAUUUGUUGUGAAAAAGUUCCAUCAUAUUGAGUUCUGGUGCAGUGAUGCAACAAACACAUCAAGAAGAUUCUCAUGGGGUUUAGGUAUGCCUAUUAUAGCUAAAUCUGAUUUAUCAACUGCUAAUUACAUUCAUGCUUCAUAUAUUCUUAAUUCCGGUGACCUUAAUUUCAUUUUCACUGCUCCUUACUCGAAAAAGAUAUCAGAAAUGAAUAAUCAAGAAAAUACUGCUUCAAUUCCUACUUUUAAUCAUGAGAAAGCUAGAGAUUUUAGUAAUACACAUGGGUUUGGAGUUCGGGCGAUUGGGAUUGAAGUUGAAGAUGCUGUUGAGGCGUUUAAUGUCAGUGUGAGUAAUGGGGGUGUUGGUUCUGCGAAACCGAUGGAGAUUGGAAACGGGGUUUGGGUUAGUGAGAUUAAGAUGUAUGGUGAUGUUGUAUUGAGGUAUGUGAGUUUUAAUCGUCAAGAAAAUCAAAAUCUGAUUGGUUCUGAUUAUGUUUUAUUGCCGGGGUUUGAGAAAAUGGAUGAACUUUCGUCUUUUAGGGGUUUGGAUUUCGGGUUGAAAAGAUUGGACCAUGCGGUUGGGAAUGUGUGGAAUUUGGCGGAGUCGAUUGCGUAUGUGAAAUCGUUUACUGGGUUUCAUGAAUUUGCUGAAUUUACAGCUGAGGAUGUGGGCACAGCUGAGUCUGGAUUGAAUUCGGCUGUUUUGGCUAGUAAUAAUGAAAUGGUGUUGUUGCCGAUGAAUGAACCGGUGUAUGGUACGAAGCGGAAGAGUCAGAUACAGACUUAUUUGGAGCAUAAUGAAGGUGAAGGGCUACAGCAUUUGGCGUUGGUUAGUGGUGAUAUUUUCAUGACAUUGAAGGAAAUGAGGAAGAGGAGUAGUAUUGGUGGGUUUGAGUUUAUGCCUUCGCCGCCACCUACUUAUUAUAAGAGUUUGAAGAGUAGGGUUGGUGAUGUCUUGAAUGACGAGGAGAUUAAAAUGUGCGAGGAGUUGGGGAUUCUUGUUGAUAGAGAUGAUCAAGGUGUCUUGCUUCAGAUUUUUACAAAGCCUGUUGGGGAUAGGCCAACUAUAUUCAUAGAGAUUAUACAGAGAUUAGGAUGUAUGUUGAAGGAUGAAGAAGGCAAGACUUAUCAGAAAGGAGGUUGUGGAGGAUUUGGUAAAGGUAAUUUCUCAGCGCUAUUCAAAUCCAUUGAAGAAUAUGAAAAAACACUCGAAACAGUCAAACAACCCGCAGCUGGGGUUUCAGCAGCUACAUCAUGAAGGUUGAUUACAUGAUAAGCAAAACAGUUCACCCUAUAUGUACUCAGGGUGGCAGUGCAAGAACAGCAAAAGGGUCCAUUUAUAUUGGAAUAAGCAGUUGCUGGAGUAACAAUUGAGCGCAAUGCCGCAAUGUACAAUGCAGGUGUUUAGGGAUAUGUAUUGUAAUUGGUUGAUUAAUGCUAAUAUAAAUCUUUGAUUGCUUGAUA